AUGGCACCAUCAUGGUCCUCACGCCUGCUACCGGGCAGCAGCACGAAUACCAAGGACAAGCCGUCGCCACGUAUACCGCCGCCUACGACACAAGGUUACUUCGACCCGCCGCCCACGUUGCAUGGUGAAAGAGCACUCCCAUCUCCGCCACGCCCGCAGACUGCUGGAGGCUCACAGCAUGUGCACAACCGGUCUGUGAGCCAUCCGUUGCCGAAGCUGUUUUCACGGAAGAAAAGUGCGAAGGAUCUGCGUGCUUUCAACGAUACUGAUGUUCCAAUCAAUUCCGAUGACCUGGUCCCGGUGCUGGAUGCGGCGGCUAGUCCUACACCCACACGAGUGAUCAGUGGCAAACUGUUGAAGCCAGAAGACGAGAACAAAACGCCGCGGACAUGCAUGUGUUGCGACAGUAAGCUGAGCGUCCCGAAGGAGCUGGAGAAAUUUCGGUGCCAGGUCUGCUUAACUAUCAACGAUCUGAAGCCGGUGGCCGAACAGCGAGAUGCGAAGAAGGCGGGACAGCAGCAGGGUGCGUUCCCACAUGGUAUCAAGGGUCCGCUGUCUGUGGAGCGGACGAAGGCGAUCAUUGAUCGAUGUGUGAUCACGUAUUUGGAAGCGAAGUGCAGACGGCAGGAGCAGCCUGCGCCACCACCACCGCCAAAGGCUGAUGCUGCGAUCGAGUCGCGGAUCGAGAGGGCGACGUCAGAGCCCACUGAUACGCCAUCUCCCAAUCGGGCGCAGCCGACCGUACAUGGCCCGGGGCCACCACAAGCGCCGGCGUCGAGGAAGCCUUUACCCAGCAGACCGAACCGCAAGCCGCCACCACCACCAAUGACCCUUGCGAACCGCACGCCCUCCCAGAGCCUGCACCCCAAUGGCGCACUGACACCGAACGGGAUGCCAUCACCGAGACCACCACACAGUCCACGGCCUACUCCGGCAGAGCUUAGGGAGCGCCAGCAGUACGAGCGUAUUAAGGCCAUCUUCCGGCCACUCGAGGACUACAUGGUAGCUGCGUUUGGCGACUAUGAGACGCUGAACACAGCCUUCAGUACCACGCGACCGAUCAUGCAAGGCCGUACCAGAAGCGAAAGUAGUAUUACCAAGACAACUCCACAAGAGCCUGUUAUGCAGCCUCCGAAGAGCCCAGUUGACGGCUUUUCGGAGUUCGACGCUAAGACCUUAUUGCUUGGCGAUCUUGGCGAGAACAGCUCGUGGUGGGUUGGCAAACUCGAUCGUAUGCGCUCCGACAAGGUCUCCAAACGGAAGCAACUUGGUGAAGGCUCCAAGAAAGCUGUCUCCUCCCGCUCACCGAACAUGAACUGGGCUGAGAUGACCAAGUGGUACGAUCUUGUGCACUCAGCCGGUGAGGAUUGGCGUACGAAGACCGACACCAUCAAGCCUGAGCAACCUGCCUUCUCCAAGGCGAGCCUCGGGGACUCUGCUGAGGCGCAGGAACUUGACGAGGACUUUGAGGAGGCACGGCAGCACGCUAUCAGAACGCUCUUCAAAGUUACCGAGAACGUGCUCAAGCGACCAACGCAGCCUUUGAAGGAGCCAGAGCAUCUGCGCUUUUUGCUUAUAGUCCUUGCUAAUCCCUCACUAUACCCUUCGAGUCGGAAGCCCCUGCGCGCUGUCUCCACUGCGUCCGCAAUGCAGCCCAUGCGUGCAUAUUCUGGCAGGCAUGACGGUGACGGCCUGGCCAGUCCGAAACAGCUUUCGCCGAGAAAGACACCAGGCCGUGAAGGAGGAAGCCAACAUACCGGUAUCCUCAAGCGUGUGCUCGGCUUGUUGGCCAACUCAUCAGAUACAUGUCAUCGAUACCUCAUCGGCUGGUUUGCACGCUACGAUCAAGAUCGCUUCGAAAGUUUGGUUGCUCUCAUAGCGAGCUUUGUCACGCACCGCAUCUCGCGCAGGUCAGGCCGACCACGCAGUAGGAGCGGUCUUGAUGCAGGUGGUCUGAUCCCAGACCUGUCGGGAUCCGCUGCCAAUACGUCGGCUCAGCUUCACUCCGCGAUGGGCUUGAGUGGCUCGAUGAAGAAGCGUACGAACGAACCCGAUGGCGAGACAGAUUGGGCAAAUGACUGGCAGGUCAAGGCUGCUGCUAAGGUGAUGUCUCUGUUGUUUGCGGCGAACAACAUUUGGCAAGGCAAGCGAAGCGACGAUGAUGCGCCUAGAGUUGACUCUGGUGUUGCGCUGGACUCGAGUACGCCUCAAGCGAAGGCUGCAAGAAGUGGGCAGUUGAUGCACACAUCGCAAUUCUACAAUCUGAUGCUGGAUUACCAUGAUCUACUCGCAGAUUUCAAGGUCUGGGAAACGCGUCGAGACAAGUUCGCCUUCUGCCAGUACCCGCUUUUCCUUUCAAUGGGCGCCAAAAUCAAGAUUCUGGAGUACGAUGCAAGACGGCAAAUGGAGAUCAAAGCUCGGGAGGCGUACUUCGACUCCGUCAUCCGGCAGCGAGCGCUCGAUGGAUACUUUAACCUUCGCAUCAGGCGAGACUGCAUGGUCGAUGACAGCCUGCGGCAGAUUAGCGAGGCUGUCGGUGCCGGCCACGAAGAACUAAAGAAGGGGCUGCGAGUUCACUUCGAAGGUGAAGAGGGCGUUGAUGCGGGUGGGCCGCGAAAGGAGUGGUUCCUUAUGCUUGUCCGAGACAUCUUCGACCCUAACCACGGCAUGUUCGUGUACGACGACGAGUCGCACACUUGCUACUUCAACCCAAACUCUUUUGAGACUUCAGAUCAGUAUUACCUCGUCGGUGCGUUGCUUGGACUGGCUAUAUACAACAGUACGAUUCUGGACGUGGCUCUACCACCUUUCGCUUUCCGUAAACUGCUCUCUGCGGCGCCGUCCUCGGCCACGACGGGUACUGUGGCAUCCAUCACCGGCACCAAAGGGCAGAUGACCUACACCGUAUCUGAUCUUGCUGAAUUCCGCCCUUCACUUGCCGCAGGCUUGCAGCAACUGCUCGACUUUGAUGGCGACGUCGAAGCCACAUACUGCCGUGAUUUCGUGGCGCCUGUGGAACGGUAUGGUACUCUCGUCAACAUUCCUCUGAUACCGAACGGCGAAGGCACGCCUGUCACCAACGCCAACCGGCAAGAGUUUGUGGAUGCCUACAUACGUUAUCUACUCGACACUUCGGUGGCACGGCAGUUCGAGCCUUUCAAGCGGGGCUUCUUCACCGUUUGCGCCGGCAAUGCGCUGUCUUUGUUCCGCGCGGAGGAAAUCGAGCUCUUAGUGCGAGGCAGCGAUGAGCAACUGGACAUCGAUGCGCUGCGUGCGGUGGCGGUCUACGAGAACUGGAAAGACCCUCACCAUCCCAACCAUACUCCCAUGGCACACCCAGAAGACCAUGAGCAAGUGAUUAGGUACUUCUGGAAUGCCUUUGCCGACGCGCCGCCGACGAAGCAGCGGAAGUUACUCACGUUUAUCACCGGCACGGAUCGCAUUCCGGCUGUAGGCGCGACAAGCCUGGUCCUGAGAAUCGUGGCGGGUGGUGAUGGCUGGGGUGGUGGCGGCAAGGCGGAGCAACAGAGGUUCCCCAUUGCCAGAACAUGCUUCAACAUGCUGGUGCUUUGGCAUUACAAGGAUCGCGCGGUGCUGGAGCAGAAGCUUUGGAGAGCUGUCGAAGAGAGCGAGGGCUUUGGCUUGAAAUAG